AUGAACCUCCAGAUAGCAGCCGCUCUGCCCCCGUCGCCGUUAGCCUUUGCAGAAUCUGUUCAUUUUGUCCAGUGCUAUUCUGGCGUUCUUGCUAGGGUAUUGUCGAUUUACGAUGGCCUAUCCAGCCCCUUUCGCGCGGCAGCACUGUCCACCUGGAGGCGGUCGUCCCUCCUCUUCUCCGCCUUCAAAUUCUUCGUCGGGAUAUAUCGCGUAGGCUGCGGUUCAAAUUCGCGACUCCGUCUCGCCAUGGACGAAGCGCGUCUCGAAACCCUCAAUCAGCUCUCUGCUAACCUUUCAUCAGUCACCAGCCACCUCACCGCACAAAACCUCGAUGUCCUCCUAGUCAUCAAUUCGUUUGGCCUCAGUAGCAGCUGGUAUGACUUGAGUGAUCUUGGUUUAGAGCACUACACCGUUGCUGCCACAAUUGUGCGAGUGGGCCAUGGUAUCACGCCUAGACAUUGCAGAUUCUUCAAAGAGUUUCUGGUCUACUGGUGGAUGAUGCUGUCAUUUGCCUGCGGUUCAGGCUCGCACCGCACCCCGGAGCCGCCGACCCUAAGCCCCAGAAGCUCUACUGAACCGCGAAUGCCACAUCCAUUGACAGGUGUUUCGCCCGAGUCUCAACUCUUGCUCGGAAUGGUCGCCCGGCUGGUUUUUAGCCACCGCCGGAUGGUCUUAGAGCAGGAUACGACCUCCGCGGAGGCAGCUGUAAGAUCAUUGGCGAACGUUAAGAUGGCCAGGCAUCUGGAACAUGAACUUGUUUCUCUGCAGUUUCCAUCAGCUGACCUGAUCCUUGACCCGGGAGAUCCUCAUACCUCUGUGCAGGAUUUGCUGAACAUCGCUCGGGCAUACAGGGUAAGCGGCCUGUUACUUCUUUACCAUGCUCAUCCGGACCUUCUCACCGACAGGUCAUACCGCGAUGCUUCAUUGCACGCUGUUAAGCCCGCUCUCAGCGGUCUUGAGCAGAGAAGGUGCCUCAGGUCUCUCGCGUUUGACGUUUUGCAGUUGCUGCAACAGAUCUCUCCAACCUCUGGCACUCGGACUAUCGAAGCUAUACUGCUGGUAAUAGUGUCUGGGGAGCUCUCUCUCAAAAAGGACGGUGCUCUACUGCCGACAGACCUCGCGACCAUUAAUGUGAUCUCGCAUGGGCAGUCAAGUGCAAAAUCCGGCGAUAUAUCGGAAGCAGGUAUACGGCGAGCUGUACUGCAAGCGAGGGCCCUUGUCAUCGCUCGAUUCGAAAGAAUACAGGCGAUGUUGCCCUUCAACACUAUUCGCCGCAUGAUGUCUCUUGUAUUUGAGACAUGGCAGUUGAUGGACAGUGGCUUCAAUGUUUCCUGGGUCGAUUUAAUGAUCAAGAACAAGUGGGAAUUUUUAAUGAUCUGA